ACAAACCCCGUAAAUCUACAGAGAGAGAGAGAGAGAGAGAUGAAGCCCUGUGCAAGGAGGCCAAAGGUGAUAUUAGUCCCCUAUCCAGCGCAAGGCCACGUCACUCCCAUGCUCAAACUAGCUUCAACCCUCCACUCCCACGGCUUCGAUCCGGUGCUCGUCACCCCGGAAUUCAUCCACCACCGGAUCUCUCCUGCGGUCGACCGGAUGACGGCGGCGGGUGGGAUCGCCAUCGUGCCGAUCCCCGACGGCUCGGGCACCGGCGACGGCGUGCCCUGUGACUUCUUCUCCGUCGAGAAGGCCAUGGAGGACAUCAUGCCGGCCCACCUCGAGCGGCUCGUGGGCGAGCUCGACGUGGCGGACGACGGAGUGGCGCUGAUGGUGGUCGACUUGCUGGCCUCGUUCGCGAUCGAGGUGGGGAACCGGUGCGGGGUCCCGACCGCGGGGUUCUGGCCCGCCAUGCUCACGACCUACAAGCUGGUUGCAGCCAUCCCGGAAUUGGUCCGAGAAGGUCACAUUUCCGAUAGUGGAAUACCCCAGAAGGAAAGCGAAGUACGGCAACACCCCUCGUUGACCACCCAAGACCUGCCGUGGCUGAUCGGGCCGGUCAACGCCCGGAAAGCAAGAUUCCGGUUCUGGACUCGGACUCUACACCGGUCGGCAUCUCUCCGAUGGCUCCUGGUCAACUCCUUCCCCGAGGAGGAAGACGAAGCUAAGAUCCAGUGCUCCCGAGACUACCCGACGAUUGUCCCGAUCGGGCCGCUGACCAACCCGUCCCCCUUGACCAAGAACCCUAGCUUCUGGGAAGAAGACACCACCUGCCUGACCUGGUUGAAGAAUCAAGAACCGCACUCGGUGAUCUAUGUCUCGUUCGGCAGUUGGGUCAGUCCCAUCGGAUGCGACAAAGUCGCCAGCCUCGCCCUCUCUCUCGAGUCGACACAGCGGCCCUUCCUGUGGGUGCUCGGUCCAUCCUGGCGCGAGGGCUUGCCACAUGGCUUCCUGGAGAGGGUCCGCAGCCGGGGCAGGGUCGUGUCGUGGGCCCCGCAGGUGGAAGUCCUGCGGGACCGCGUGGUCGGGUGCUACUUGACGCAUUGCGGGUGGAACUCAACAGUGGAGGCGGUGCAGUGUGGGCAGCGGAUGCUGUGCUGGCCCGUGGCGGGGGACCAGUUUGUGAACUGCCAAUACAUCGUCGAGGCUUGGCGGGUCGGGGUGAGGCUGGGAGGGUUCGGGGAGAGGGAGGUCGAGGACGGAGUGAGGCGGGUCAUGGAGGACGGCGAGAUGGGGGUGAGGUUGGCGAAGCUGAAGGAGAGGAUGAUGCCGGCAAAGGCGAGCUCGAGAGCGGUGGCGAAUAUGGCAGGCUUCGUCGAAGAUCUCAAGAGAAUGACGGAGGAUGAUUUUCUGUAGUUACAUAGUUGGAAACAGUAAUUGCUCGUCAUGUUGUCUUCUUAGGGUUUUGAGUUGAUCAUCAUUGUGUAAAGGCCAUGCGAAAGUCCGUAAAUCUUGAGAUAGUAUUGGUAUGUGAGGAAUGUGUAUUUCUUAAUCUUUUUUUUUUCCCUCUUGGUAUUUUCUAUUUUGCAGGAUUUUCUGAGCAAAAUCUGUAGCAACUAUAUUUGUUCAGCAUACAGAUUAUAUACGACUAAUAGUCCUACAAUGUUUUUUUUACGUGCACGUCAGCACUUU